ACAUUGUGGGUUAGUACUUAAACAUAGGCAUUUUUGAGGGACCCAAUCCAAUCCAUAACAGAGGCCUAGCCUAGAACAGGAGUCUGGAGACCACUCCAGCUAUAAGCCGUUUUUUCUGAGGAAGUCGAGGAGGGCGAAUAUCUUUCUGGAUAAGGCCAGAGCAAAUGCACGCAAGAGCUGAGAAAAGAUUGGAAAACGCCUCUCAAAAUAACAGUCCCGCCCUUCCCGGGACUCUUCCCUAUAGGCUGUUCAAGUCACGUGGCGACUGUGACCCCGCCCACAGCUCCCAGAGGCCUGCGCGUGCGGUCUGCAGUUCGACCGCUUCCUCUUGGCGGGUGGGCUGCAGCUAUGGAGGGCGAGCCUCCACCUGUGGAGGAGCGGCGGCGGCUGCAGGAGGAGCUGAACGAGUUCGUGGAGAGCUGCUGCCGGACGCUGGAGGAGGUGACGGCGUCCCUGGGCUGGGACCUAGAUAGUCUGGAUCCCGGGGAAGAGGAGGCGGCGGAGGAUGAAGUUGUGAUAUGUCCAUACGAUUCCAAUCAUCACAUGCCUAAAUCAUCUUUGGCAAAGCACAUGGCAUCUUGUAGAUUGAGGAAAAUGGGCUAUACCAAAGAAGAAGAGGAUGAAAUGUAUAAUCCUGAGUUUUUCUAUGAAAAUGUGAAGAUACCUUCGAUUACUUUGAAUAAGGACUCACAAUUCCAGAUAAUUAAACAAGCUAGAACUGCAGUUGGGAAAGACAGUGAUUGUUAUAAUCAAAGAAUUUAUUCUUCAUUGCCUGUUGAAGUUCCUCUGAAUCACAAACGGUUUGUUUGUGAUCUAACUCAAGCUGAUCGUCUUGCCCUCUAUGAUUUCGUAGUUGAGGAGACAAAGAAAAAGCGCUCUGAUUCUCAAAUUAUUGAAAAUGACAGCGAUCUCUUUGUAGACUUGGCUGCCAAAAUCAAUCAAGAUAAUAGUCGAAAAAGUCCAAAAUCCUACCUUGAAAUCCUGGCAGAAGUACGAGAUUAUAAAAGAAGACGCCAGUCCUAUAGAGCCAAGAAUGUUCACAUAACCAAGAAAUCAUAUACUGAGGUGAUUCGAGAUGUGAUAAAUGUGCACAUGGAAGAACUCAGCAAUCAUUGGCAAGAAGAGCAAGAGAAGGCAGAGGAUGAUGCCGAAAAGAAUGAAGAAAGGCGAUCAGCUUCAGUAGAUUCACGGCAGUCUGGUGGAAGCUAUUUGGAUGCUGAGUGUUCACGACAUAGAAGGGAUAGGAGUAGAAGCCCACAUAAAAGAAAAAGAAAUAAAGAUAAGGAUAAAAACUGUGAGUCGAGAAGAAGGAAAGAGAGGGAUGGGGAAAGACACCAUAGUCAUAAAAGAAGAAAGCAAAAAAUAUAAAUGAAGUACUUGUACCUAUAUUAAUUAUGCUUAUGCCAUGAUAACCAAUAUACAGAUAUAUUAAUUGGAAUUCCUUUGCAUAGGAGAAUGUUUUUAUGAUCUGUUUAGUGCUUAUUAUUUUCCAGUAAAUAUGCUUCAAACCAUGAGUACACUAUUAGGCCCUACAACUUUGUUUUCCUUAUAUUUUAUUAGAUGAUUUGCUUCCUAUAACUGAUCUUGUUUUGUUCGUUUUGCUAAUAUAUGUAUCUCAAAAUUCUUUAAGUCAAUAUUUAUCAUAUGUAAAUUAAACAUGAAUACAUUCUCAUCUUAUAACUACAUCUUAUAAAUAAGGCUAAUAACCCUUAGAACACCACCUGCGGUUCUGUCCUCACCCCAGUGGCGACUACUGUUUACCACUACACUGGUGAAUUGUAGUAGGGAAAAACAAUCUAAAUAUUGAAGAGGAAUGGCCUAAUUAAAAUAUGAUGUAGUCAUAGGAUAGAUUAUUGUAUUGGAGUUAAAAGAAAUAAUCUAGAUCCAUAUUAACCUGGAUUGGUCUCAAAAACAUAAUGCUCAGUGAAAAUAGCAAGUUGUAGAAAGUUAUAUACAAAUUAUAUAUAUGUACAAAACAAUACUAUGCAUUCUCUAUGGCUAUAUAAUGUACGUAAGUCUAUUUUUAAAGGUUCAGAAGAAUCCAUACCAAAGUUCUAACAGCGAGUAGGAGGUAUAGAUGAGAGAUUAGGGGUGCAAGUCAGGAUUGGGAGGGUGGUCAGAGGGAACUUUAGCUUUAUCCAUAACACAUUAAUUUUUUUAAAAAAUAAGGUCUUAAUGUUUCAUUUAAUUUAAAAUAUACUGUCAUGUUGUGUUUUGUAAAUCAACUGAAUUGAGGUACUAUUUACUUAGAUUUAUUGCACCCUUUUUAAGUGUGUAUUUUAUUGGGUUUUGACAGAUUCAUACCUCUGUGCAGCCACUAUCACGAUCAAGAUACAAAUAUUUUCAUUGCCCCCAAAAUUCUCAUACCCCCUUUCCCAAUCAAUUACUCUACCCCUAGCCCUAGGCAGCCACAGAUUUGCUUUUGGUUACCACUGAUUAGAUCUAUCCAUUGUAGAAUUCAUGUAAAUAGAAUACUGUAGUAUGUACUCUGCCUUCUUCCUCUCUGCAGAUUUUUGAGAUUGAUCCCUGUGUGUCAGUUGUGCAUUUUUUUUGUUGCUGAGUAGUAUGUUCUAUCGUAUGUCAGAUCAUUCACGUGAGACUUUGGCAUGAAAUGUUAAGCAUCCGACGUCUAAAUAGCAAUAUUUUGAAUACUGGAAACUCAGGUUAAAGAUUUUGUUUCCAAGUAGAAAUGAAAUCUUAUUAUUUUAAUAAGUAGCUGACAAUGACAGAAAGAUUGGAUUUGGAUCAGAUUGGCUGUUAGGCUUCAGGUAUGGGAAACAGCUCUCAGAUUUAUAAAUUGGAAAUCACCAGGUUACUUGCCAAUAUAUAGUCAUAUUGCUGCCAUUGUACUUAAUUUCUAAAUAUAUAAAAUCCACAUUUAAAAAUUAUAAAAGCAAGGACUUGGGAGUGACUGAUGAAUCAUGAAAUUGCUGCUUUUAUAGAUCAAGACUACUUGAAUCAUCAGGAAUUUCAUAUUUUUCAUAUUGUGUGACAACUUAUAAUUUUGUUUUAAAUUGUGAUUUCAUUGAUUUUACUAACUGGAAGGAAGAAGAGUAAAAUUGGCAUAUUUAGGUUUUUUGUAGAAGAAAGAUACAAGUGAAAAUUAGGAGUGGAUUGGAGAAAUUGGGGGAAAAUAGAAGAGUACGGAGAAAGGAAGAGAUUGAAAAUGUUACCAGAGUUCUUUAAAGCUCACAUUUUAUAGUAUCACUGCUACAAACUAUUUAAUAAAAUGUGGCAUCGGGUGAAAAGAGGCAUUUGUUUGAUCCUUGAACGAAUUAAUCUUACAUACUUCCCUGUUUGUGUUUUGAACCUUUCACUGGAUAUGAGCUACUUGAGAGCAGGGUUUAUACCUUCCUCAGUGUGACCCCUGUGCCUGCAACCUCAUAGUUGUUAAUCUGUAAUUUUAAAUUUUGACAAAAGCAUUUUCACAGCCCUGUCACAUAAGAUCUAGUUUUUAUUUCUAGAGUGCUGCUAUGAAUAAUUACUAUAGCUGCUGUCCAUCUUGCCCAUCCAUUAAGGUACCUUCUCACAAACAUUUCUAAUCUACUGGCUGGAGUGCAGUGGCGCAGUCUGUAGCUCACUGCAGCCUUAAACUCCUAGGCUCAGGCGAUCCUCUUGCCCUGGCCUCCCAUGUAGCUGCAACUAUAGGUGUGUGCCACUACACCUGGCUAAUUUUUUUAGUUUUUUAGAGAUGGAGUCUUGCUAUGUUGCCUAGGCUGGUCUUGAACUCCUGGGCUCAGAUGAUCCUCCUGUCCUCAGCCUCCCAAAAUGCUGGGAGCCACCAGGCACCAGGUGUGAUCUACCACACCUGUCUAAAAAGUAUGUAUUUUUAAAUUUUUUUGUAGAGACAGGAUCUCACUAUGUUCUCCAGCUGGUCUCAAGCUCCUGGCCUCAGCCUCCUAAAGUGCUGGGAUUACAAGUGUGAGCCACUGUGCCUAGUCACUUUAAUUGAGAUAUUGGCAAGUCAACUGCCAUGCAGAGCCCAGGGCACUGGUUAUAUUCAGUAAGAAACUGAACUCAGCACUCAGAAUUUUAAAUUAAAUCAAUGAUCUUCAAGUAUUUGCCACUUUCAAGUACAGCUAAUUGGAUAAUCUCAAACCCUUUCGUGAAAAUUCAUUGUCAAAUGGUAAAUUUGAGAUAAAAUAUCUUAAAUGCAUUGAGAAUAUUUUCUAAUUACCUGUGUAUGCUACAGUACAGACAUUAAUUCUAUAAACAUGUUCAUAGGUCUUCCCCCUCGCCCCGCCCGUCUUCUAAGGGCAUUUUCUGUUUCCUUUUAGUGAGUUCAUGAAUGUUUAACGGUUCUGGUGCAAAGCUUUCUUGCAUUCUGAGCAUAAAAAUAAUAAAACCCACUUAUAUUUGCUUGA